AUGCCGCCCCGGACCCCGCUGCCGACGCCGACGCCCAAGAACCGGUCUCAGCCCCGCACGGUCCACACCCGCACACCGCCCGAAACACUCGCGCGUCUGCUCACCGUCGCGGCGGCGGUCGCCGAGCGUCCACGCGGCCGGUUGCUACGUGCCCACAGCCUGUUCCUUCUGUCCCAGGUGGAGGCAGUCAUUCACCCGCGAUUCCUGGCAGAACUGCUUUCUUCAGAACCACAGCUGGAUCUUUUGGCCCUCGCUGAGAAAUUGGAGCAGGAGGAAGGACUCUCCCUUGCAGAGCUGGUAGAGAAGAGACUGGUGGCCUUGGCGGUGGAGGACGGUGUGCCCACAACCCCGAGUCACUGUGCAGCGACACUGGGCUCCGGGCCUGAGGGUGAGGCCAUGGCCCGGCCAGGGGUCAGCUGUGAAGCCUGCCCAGCAGAGAGCGAGUGGCAGGACCUCCGGAGGCACAGCCGGGCACACGCGCACCACCCGUGCAGACCCAGAGCCUUUGCCGCGUCUCCAGGACAACAGGAGCUGCCUGCCCUCCGGGCUGGUGGGCUCUCCUCUCCUCCCCAGGGGCCAGGGCGCACCCCUCCUCGGCCGGACCCCAGGGAUGCCCCGUUGUUCAGAGAGGCCCCCCCUGCUAGGGAGCCUGGCGGGCCAGCAGGUGGGUCCAGUGAGGACGAGGAGGAGCUGCCCAGCCUGGCCUUCCUCCUGGCCUCUGGGCACAGCCUGCUGCCCUGGGGGCUCUCCCAGAGUCCUGCUCUGGCCCCGGGCCUCCCCAGCCCUGGAGGGCGCGGGCCGCGGGGAGCUCCCCAGGCCCCUGCUGCUCAGAGAAUAGGCCGCAGCCCAGCCGCUCCCCCAGCUGCCAAGUCCAGAAAGCGGGCUCUGCGUGCGGGUCUGGCCGCUGCCGGGAAGACGCCCCUCCCAGGGGCCAGCCUCAGGGGCUCGGUGCGGGCCCUGGCCGUGGGGCUGCUUCGGCCCUCUCUGCCUCCAAAGAGAAGGUGUGGCUCCUUUGUCCCAGGGAGGAGGAAGAAGCAGCACUGCAGCCCGUAG